UGCAUGCUCAGACUCCACAGAACGACAACACAAUCUCAAGUAGAAGAAACGGUGGGUUCCAGUGCCAGAUAGGAAAGAGAAUCAAUCAAUCUCUACCUCUCUCUUCUCCCAUCAAGACGUCCCGCAGACAUCCACCCACCCACCUACCCACCCACCAUCCGCCCAAUAGUUCAUCAGUUAGUUGUCAUGUCAAGUGGUUUCAACUUCGGAGGAACGCCGGCCUCCACGGGCGGGUUCUCAUUCGGCGGCACACCGGCUAAUAGUUCAGGCGCUCCAGCCACUGGCACCUCAGGCUUUACCUUAGGUGGUACCUCCACCACGCCCGGGACUGGUAUAGGGGCAUUUGGCACCACAUCUAAUACGGGCACUGCCGCUGCCCCGGCCUCCGGUGGCUUUAGCGGCUUUGGUAUGGGCUCGACCGCCGCCAACACGGCUGCAGCACCUUCAUUCAACUUUGGGGGCGCUCCUGCCGCUGCCACCACCACCAACUCGUCUGCCCCCACGGGCUUUGGUUUUGGUGCACCGGCCGCCACGUCCACCACCACGGCUCCAGUAUCGAGUGGGUUUGGCGGAUUUGGCGCUCCGGCAGCCACAUCCGUGGCACCGGGCACUGGCUUGGGUGGGCUAAGUGCUCCUGCGUCCACCAAUACGCCGGCCUUUGGCGGAUUUGGACUGGCCACUAAAAGCUCGGCCGCGGUGGCCCCCACGUCUAGCCUCUCGUUGGGCGGAGCAGCCACCACUCCCAGCUUUUCGGGCUUUGGCCCAACCACGACCACGGUGGCCCCCGCCACUGGCCUCAGUUUGGGCGGCGCGCCUACCACCACCGCUUCAGCUGGAUUUGGUGGUUUUGGAGGCUUGGCUGGCACUGGAGGAGCCCCUGUGGCCACUACCACGCCCGCUCCCGCCGCCGGAUUCGGCGGUUUUGGUUUGUCCAAGCCCGCUGCCACGUCUAUUAAUCCCACGGCUACUACCACGCCGGCUGCCAGUGGAUUUUCUCUAGGCACGCCGGCCCCCGUCAGUAGUGGGGGACUAAGUUUCGGAAAUGUGGCGCCAGCCUCAACGGGUGGGCUCAGCUUUGGGGUGGCACCCUCUACCACCGCAGCUUCGGCCACUUUGAGCACGUCCGCACCCCCCACUGGGAGUGGCUUCAGUUUAACUUCCACAGCUCCCACCUCCACCACCAAAGCUGCGGCCGGUGGAUUCGGCUUUGGAACGGGUGCAUCCAUCACUACCACUUCUACUGCCCCGACUUUGACCGGUGGUCUGAGUUUUGGCAUUGCUGCUACCGCAGCCACCACCACUGGUGCGGCUACCACCACCACCACCACCACCACUAACUCAACUACGGCCCAAGUUGGAUUUGGGGCGCCAACGCCAUUGUCCACAACUACCAGCACUACCGCUACAACUCAAGCUGCGGCUGCCGGAAGUACUAUGACCUACCGACAAUUGGAGGAGGCCAUCAAUAAGUGGACAUUGGAGUUGGAGGAGCAAGAAAAGGUGUUUCUGAAUCAGGCCACACAAGUGAAUGCCUGGGAUCGGUUAUUGGUCAACAACGGCGAUAAGAUUAUCAGUCUCAACGACUCCGUGGAAAAAGUGAGACUGGAUCAACAGCGACUUGAACACGAGUUGGAUUUCAUCAAGGGGCAACAAACCGAAUUGGAGGAUAUUCUCAAGCCCCUGGAGGACUCGCUCUCGUCCGUGCCCACCACGGAUGUGGAACGCGAACGCACCUACCAGAUGGCCGAGACUUUGGACGCCCAAUUGCAAAGGAUGUCGGAUGAUCUGCGCGAAAUCAUAGAGCACUUAAACUCGUCCAAUCGCAACCAGGAUGAGAGCGAUCCCGUGGUCCAGAUUAGUCGCGUGCUCAACGCACACAUGGAUUCCCUGCAAUGGAUCGACCAGACCACGGCUCAAGUCCAGAAAAAAUUGGAUUCCGUGUCUAAACUGCAAGACAUUCGACGAAAGGAAAGCGAACGGACGGGCGUCUUUUGAAAUAAGUAUUUUCCAUCUUUCACGUUGAUUUUUUUCAACGAGACCAUCCGAUACCAAUAAUAAAGUUCGCCAACAGUA